AUGGAAAAAGGUACUUAUCUUGGAUUGCAACGCGAACCACCUACACCGGCGGAACGAGUCGGACGUCGAUCCAGGGGACCAGUUAAACCUAGUGGCUUCACCGUGAAUGAGCCUGGUCAUGUGGAGAAAGACGACAAACCUUCUGAUCGAUUUGUCACGCACUACAUGACACGCGUGAGUCAAAUUCUGUCACUUGACCAGUCUUUUUGUUCAUUUGGAACUAUCUUUUUAUACGUGGAUUUUUCAAAAUUUUGCUGA